AUGUUCCCCAUGCUUUUCCACUUAUUCAAAUGCCCAACUGUGUGCAAACCUGCCGUCAAACCAAAACCUCGACCAAGGAUUCAUAAUGCACCUUGGAAGGACCAGUUAGAUCAUUUGUCAUCUAAACUGGGGAGAUGGCUUAAAGGUGAAAAAGAGCAGUCAGUAGACUGUGUAAGGUUGGUCCUGAUUGGAAAGACUGGAGUUGGAAAGAGUGCUACAGGAAACACCAUUCUGGGAAGGAAACUAUUUAAUUCCUUUGCUACUGCAGUUUCUGUCACAACAGAAUGUCAAAAGAAGACAGCAAUGAUUGGUGGCAGAAAAGUGCAGGUCAUUGACACCCCAGGUCUGUUUGACACAUCUGUCUCACAUGAGAACAUUAGAGAGGAGAUCGGGAAAUGCAUCACCAUGUCCUCACCAGGACCCCAUGUGUUCCUGCUUCUGAUCUCCGUGGGACGCUUCACCCAAGAGGAGAGAGAGACAGUGAAGAUGAUCCAGGAGAUCUUUGGAGAGUGCUCCAAAGCGUACACAAUGGUGGGCUUCACCAGGGGGGACGCUCUUGAGGAAGACGGAAGCAUAGAGGAGUUUAUUCAGUCAGGCCAUGAUGAGCUGAAGGGACUCAUACAAGAAUGUGGGGGAAGAUACCAUGUCUUCUACAAUAAGAUACAAAACAAGGAACAUCAGGUCGUCAGCUCUCUGCUGGAGAAAAUUGACAUGAUGAUCCAUCAAAAUGGAGGAGGAUUCUACACCACAGCCAUGUUUGAAGAGACAGAAGCAAACAUUACAGCAAGAGAGAUGAAGCUUUUACAUAAAAGACUGGAAGAAUUGAGGCAAUCAAGUAAAGUGAUCUCUUUUCCACGCUACAGUGCAACGACUGUAGUCCAGCCAGUUGAGGAUGAAAAGACUCCAAACAAUGUGAGAGGUGAACCUGUUAAAUCAAGGGAGGAAGAGAGGUCCACACCGGGGGAAUUAAGGCUCCAGAGGAAGAUGGAAGACAUGGAAGAAAACAUUUUAUCUGAGCUGGCCAAGAAUCGUGAUGUCAUCCGGACACAGGCUGAGAGGGAUGAAGCCAAAGCCACUGCCAAAACUUUGAAAGAUAAACGUUUUAGAUGCUCCAUUUCAUAA